CAGCAGGCCGCAAAGCAUGAUGGGUAUUGAGCGCUCAAUUAUGCGAACGCUUCAUUUGACGUUUUGACUGUCGUGAUGUGAAGAGCUCUGCGAGUAUAGGAAAAAUGGAUGCUUUCGAAAGACAGGAUUUUCAAGCUGCGAUAGUGCAAAAUACUAUGAUGUAUAUGUAUUGUUGCGAUCCGCAUUACGACUUAUCUUUUACUGUACCGAGUUUACCGUUUUUUAAGCUGCAUGGGCUUUGCUGCCAUUUCGCCUUUCAUAAUACUCCGUCUGAAAGAAGACUUUGUAUUAUACCAAACACCGAAGCACUGCUUUCGAAGUUGAAUGGCCUUAAAUCUCCUUGUGUCAUCAACGUUAAAGCAAGUACUAUAUUUGAGUUUGGUACUAUCCCUGAUGAAUUUAUUCAUUGUAAAGCGGAGAGAAUGCUUUUAAUUUGGGAUUUUGAUGUGGAUCGUGUAUUGACAGAAAAUACGAGCGCUGUGGAUGCGGUUACUCCUGAUUUUGAUGACAUCGAAAUUAAUAAUGAGGACAGUGAAGAAGAUGAAAGUGAAGAAGUUGAAAGUGAUGAGGAAGAAAUCACUCAUGCUCUACCAUUCAAGUGCAUUGGAGCUGCUCAUGAACAAAGUUACCAACAUCAUCUGGAACAGGCAUAUCUUGCCCUUGAAUAUAAUGAAUCAGUAAAUGUUAGACUAAGACCAGAGCCGGAGAAUCCUCGGGACCAAAAUGCAAUUGCUAUUGAUCUUCAUUAUGGAACUCAAUGGGAAAAUGUUGGAUAUAUAGCUUCUGAACAUUGCAAGUAUUUACAUCCACUGAUUGCAGCAGGAGAUAUACUAGACGUCUAUGUUGAACACAUCAAGUUUCGGGUUAACUUUUUAAAAAUAGGAUUUUAUCCAAAAAUCUGGAUAAAGAGGCGUGGUAAAUGGGAAGGUCAGAUUGUAAGGGCUAGUAUGAGUGUACGUUGACAUAUAAUUUCAUAAGAACCAGGGUUUGCAAGUUGUGAAUUUCUGCAAUUAUUUCCAUUGGCUAACCUAUGUAGAUUUUUCCAGCAUUUUUGCCAUCAACUUGUUUUUAGUCUGGUUUCCAUAUGACAAUCAAGUUGUUGCAUAAUAACUA